ACCAAGAGACUGCGGACACAGUACAGGGGAUGACCAGAGACUGCGGACACAGUACAGGAGAUGACCAGAGACUGCGGACACAGUACAGGAGAUGACCAGCGACUGCGGACACAGAACAGGGGAUGACCAGAGACUGCAGACAGUACAGGGGAUGACCAGAGACUGCGGACACAGUACAGGAGAUGACCAGAGAGACUGCGGACACAGAACAGGGGAUGACCAGAGACUGCGGACACAGUACAGGGGAUGACCAGAGACUGCGGACACAGUACAGGGGAUGACCAGAGACUGCGGACACAGAACAGGUAAUGACCAGAGACUGCGGACACAGAACAGGUAAUGACCAGAG